GAAUGCGCAUGCGCAGUGCAAACCGACGACGCAGCCUCCGCUGAAUCCGGCAUUGCCACGGUAACCGUGCUGCUCCGUUCAGACUUUUUUUUUUUUUUACAUUUUCCUCCAAAAAUCUGCCCUAAGGAUCAACCACACCGUUACCGUCACGGAAAAUCGACAUGGUGAAACUGGGCAGCACUCUUGGCGAGAAGGUGGAGAGGGAGCCAUCUCUGGAGGAUGGCUUUGAUAACAUCCCUCUGAUCACACCACUGGAGGUUAACCAGCUCCAGAAACCAUUUCCAGAUAAGGUUAUUGUCAAAACAACCACCGAGUAUCAGCUACAGAAGAAGCAAAAGAAGAAAAUGUACAUGCCAAGCAUUAAGAAGUUGAAUAUAAACCUUUAUGACGAGGUGUCAGAGAAGGUCAAGCUCACAGGACUUAUUCUUAUCACCCUGGCUUUCCUUGCGUGUCUGCUGCUGCUGGUUAUGUAUAAAGCUUUGUGGUACGACCAGCUUAGCUGUCCCGAGGGCUUCGUCCUCAAGCAUAAGCACUGCACCCCGGCUGCUCUGGAGAUGUACUACCCCGAGCAGGACGCAGGCUCCAGGGGAAGCCUCUACACCGCCAUCAGCCAUCUGAACCCAGCUAAGAAGGCUCUCCCUGAGCUCUCAUCUCCCUGGCUGCCUGUCAUUAACGCCAUGAAGGAAUCCCAGAAGGCCAGGGGAGGCGAGCCACUCCCAGCAGUGAGGGAUGGAGAGAGGGGAUGGUGGAGGAGGAGCUGUGACAGAGAGGCUAUGUUUAAGUGAAAAAGAAGAAGUACAGCAUAUAGAGGAAGGGUGUGUGUGUGUGUGUGUGUGUGUGUGUGUGUGUGUGUUGCCUCUUUAAGUACGUUGCCAUAAGCAUCCAGACGAGAUCAGAUAUUUGACAUCAAAAAUGUAGAGAGGAGCAGAGUCGAAGUCAGCAGAUUCCUGACUUCGGGAAUCUCCCGUACUCAUACUUGACAAUACAAACGCUACGAGCUCUUCAGAAACCGUCUCGGUGUAUUAAAUCAAAUGUAGAUAUUAGCGGCUCGUCCUUUAGCUUCACACCCUUACGUUCUUUGACUCAUCGUGCCGUCGUGGAUCCGUUCGUUUUUUGCCUCGAUGUUUGUGCUUUUCACCAUUUCCACCUUAAGUAGCUCUCACUCGGUUUAACGUGAAAGUAGCUUAGCUUAGCAGAACAACUCAUGCAUGGCGUGUAAAAACGUGCUCUCUAAAAAAAAAAAAAAAAAAAAAAAACGCAACAGGAAUUAAAAAAAAGCAUUAAUACAAUAAAUACAGUUUCAAUCAUAAUCUGUACAUUUUUUCUCCUUAACAAAUUCUGCUAAAAACAGGUGAUCUGUUAAUAAAUCGAAAUAUAAAGCUAGCAAGCCAUGUUUUUGCUUUAUGCAUUAGACACACUUUAUACCCAUGUAGAGAUUACUGUAUAAUCACUGGCUGUUUACAUGAAAAUGAAAAAAUCGCUGAAUGUAAUGUGAAACACAAGUGAACAGGAUUUUUUGAUAUGUAUUUAUCACUUCAUGUAUUGAGAUAUUUUUCUUCCUUUAUUUCUGUAUGUUUAUUUGUGCUUCUCAUCAAAUUCAAGCCACCAGCAAACUGCAGACAUAUUUCAUUAAAAAACAAAACAUCCUGUUGUGCACACUCAAGAAUGUGAAAUUAAAAACCACAAAAUUAAGUCCUUAUGUAUGUAUUCUCAAGGACACUAUUAUGAAUGUGCAACCUUCACUCCCAACUGCAAUAUCUCUUCACCGGUUUCCCCCCAAUUUGCUUGCGAUAUUUGACCUUGAAGUAUUUCUUUUUUAUUUAUGUAUCAUUUUUUAUAAGUACUCAUCUGUAUAGCUUUUGGAUAUUUAUUUGCUGGAACUAUGUCAUUGAUUGUAUUACGUUUCAGUAUUUUGACCUGGAGCUUUAUUUUGAUAUUUAUUUUCAUACUUUUUUGGUGUGUAUUUUAUUUGAUAUUUAUUUUCAUACUUUUUUUUUGGUGUAUUUUUACAGGAACAGAAUGGUUAAGAAGCAGCUACUGAUGUUAAUUCUCUUAAUUCUAUUAAGUCAUGUGUAUAUGUGGCAGUCUACUGUUAUUAACUUGCUUCAUCUUACGGAAAUAAAGAUUUCAGUAUUCA